AUGCUGCUGCUGCUGCUGCUGCUGCUGCUCGUGAGUUGGCUCUUCGGCAAUCUCAUCGGUGUCAUCUUCGCUGCUCUCCAAAAUCACCGGGUGCUCUUUGUCCCCGGUGUGGUCCUGGUUUCUCGGCACGGCUCCGACCCGGGUAUCCUCCGGGUCUGGGCACGGCGAAGCCGAUCGGGCAGCGGGCGCGGGCGCGGGCGCGGGCGCGGCUGGCUGACCGUCCGACGCGCUGUGGAUGCUCAAGUUCCUGGGCAGAACAGGAAGAACCAGGAGGAAAAACGUCAAAACCCUCCGCCUACCAGGGAAUGCUCCUGUCGGACAGUGAGUCUGGAGCGAGAGCGGGACAUUGAGGCCGGAAAUAAGCAGGCCGGCGCUAGUGCACCCUUGAUCGGUCGGCACUUCGGCCUCAUCCUUCGUCCUUAUCCGUACCUCGGAUAA